AUGACUUACAUUCCAAUGAGUCUUAAUUUGGGAGAUGAUGUAAUUACUUGCAUCCUCUCAAAACUCCCUGUUGAAUCUCUUCAACGUUUUAAAAUUGUUCAAAAAUCAUGGUGUUCAAUCAUCAACGAUCCCAAUUUCAUCAAGUUGCAUAUAGACGAUUCAUCGUCCGAUAUUAAUCGUCAAAAUAUCCUCUUAAUUUCAUCAAAAACAACUCCAUCACCUUGUUUAAAAUAUAACAUGUUAGCAUUCAACAUUGGUACAACAUGUGCAUCAUCACUUAGUGUGAAUUCUCAAGUUGUUUCUCUUAAUCCACCAAAUUAUCUAAUGUCUCGAGAUAUUUCAUAUCCAUUGGUGAGUUCUUGUAACGGCUUGUUAUGUGUGGUGUAUAAGUUCGCGAUAUUUAUAUGGAAUCCAGCUAUUCGAAAAUACAAAACUGUUCAAAAGACUCAUCGAUACAUAUCAAUGCUAUAUGAAUUCGAAUCAACGUUGUAUGGAUUCGUGUAUGAUUCUAUCUGUGAUGAUUAUAAGAUAAUCGCUAUAUUUGUGAUUAAUUCGAAAGAUAGACAUUAUGUUAUUGGAAUAUACUCUGUGAAUAAUGAGUCUUGGAAAAAGAUUGACUUUGUUCCUAUUGGUUAUCGUUUGUUUGACCAAAAUCCAGUUUCAUUAGAUGGUACGAUUAACAUGAUGGCCAAUGAUGAUAAUAGUGGAUUAGAUAAUAAGUUUGUGACUAUAUCUUUAUUUGUGGCUAAUGAGAAAUUUAUUGUAACGCCCGUCCCAUUGCAAUAUCAUGGGACUCGUAUGAAAUUAUAUAAUUUUGCUAAUCGUCUCUAUCUUUUCUCCGUGUUUGUUGAGAUGGAUUUUUUGUUGUGUUCACUCGAGAAAGAUGGGGAACGAUGGACAUGGACUAACGUCAUGAAAAUUCCAACGAUGCCCUCAUUCGUUGGAGUUGGAGAGAAGGAGAAAUGGUAUUUAGAUGAUAUCAUAUGUUUGAAGGAAAAUGAGAAUAUCCUGUGGAGGAAAACGAAUGGUGAGUUUAUAGAGUACAAUGUGCGUGAACAAGAAGUGAAUGAGUUUACCUUGAAAGAAAUUUCGCCUUCUACAGAUUUAUCCAUCUUGUUCGCGGGAAGUUUAGCUAACUUGAGAAUUCCAUGGGACUAGAAGUUCAGGAAGAACAUGUUGUCUUAUUCUUCGAUUUUACCAUUACAUGUUGUGUUUGAGAUUGCGUAGUUUUGCUGAUUGUGAAGAGAUUGGUUAUGAGUAAGUGUGAUCUUUAUGUUAUGUAAGCUUAGACGAAAAACAUGCUUCAGUAUCUGCUUAAUAGUUGUCUAUAUUGAUUGUUUCUUUAAUCUUCACGUGUCGUUUGGGGUUUUAUUGAAUCGUCAAAAGAUCAAGUCAGUUUCCUUGAAGGCUUUGAGGAUUUUGUAUUGUAGGGUUUAUAUGGGAGAUUGAGGAUUUUGUAUUGUAGGGUUUUUAUGGGAGAUUGAUGCUCCAAUUUUGGUAUAAGUUGAGUACAUAGGACUCAACCUUGGCUCAUUGAGUACUAAAAUGAUUACAUGUUUCAUCAAUCCCUUUAAUGUAUAUGAAAGA